GCUGGCCAAUGUCGGAGUCUCGGGGAGGGAAUCUUCUCUAUCUCUUCCAACGCCAAAUGGAAUAGAUGGUGAGAUCAAUGGCUACUCUGAUCAAAAUAAAAAAGAAAGAAAAAGUCAAAAUAAAAACCAAUUAGUAAACACUAUUUAUAGUAUUAUUUUAUUAAUUUUAGAAAAUGGGAGAACAGAGUCAAAGCUAGUAAGAAAAUUUCUCACUGAGAGACUCAAAGAGUAAAGACCAGAUACAGAUCUGGAUCGGUGUUCCCAGAAAAGCCCCAUAAAAUUUCUCACUCCGCUUCUUCCAAUCCUUUGUUUUCAGUCUUGUAACCAUGUCGAGGAGGCCUGUAAAUCCUGCUCGACGCUUUGCUGAUGGUGGAAGCAUCCCAUUUGUGGGCUCAGUGCAGUCUAAAACACGCUCAACACGUUUGUUGUCUAUUGGGCUUUUGGUUGUGGGUGCAAUUCUUCUGAUUGGCUAUUUGCAUAGUGGUUCAGAUGGAUCCAUCCGUGAAAAAGAGGCAUUAAGUAAAACUGAAGGUGGCUCUUCAUGCACGCUAGAAGUUCUGAGGGCACUACCCAUUCUAAAGAAGGCUUAUGGCGACAGCAUGAAUAAAGUAUUGCAUGUAGCCCCUGAUUCUUGUUCGGUGGUGUCCAAAUUAUUAAAAGAAGAGGAUACUCAGGCCUGGGGUGUGGAGCCAUAUGACUUAUAUGGUGCUGACGUCAAUUGCAAAAGUCUUGUGCGGAAAGGCAUUGUGCGAGUGGCAGAUAUCAAGUUUCCUCUUCCCUACCGUGCAAAAUCCUUUUCCCUAGUCAUAGUGUCAGAUGCCUUGGAUUACUUGUCUCCUAGGUACCUUAACAAAACUCUUCCAGAACUGGUGAGGGUAUCAGCUGAUGGUGUUAUUAUAUUUUCUGGUUAUCCAGGUCAGCAGAGAGCUAAAGUUGUAGAGCUAUCCAAAUUUGGUCGUCCUGCCAAAUUACGAAGUUCAUCUUGGUGGAUAAAAUAUUUUGUUCAGACGAAACUAGAAGAGAAUGAAGCUGCUGCAAAGAAGUUUGAACAAGCUUCGACCAAGAGGUCAUAUAGGCCAGCUUGUCAAGUUUUCCACUUAAAGCCGUACGGUUGAGAAUUGCAGCAUCAUAGGGUCACCACUCAAGUCAAGCUCAUCGAUGAUUAUGAAGAGCAUUCCAUCAGCAUCUUCUUUUUUUACCCAAAGGGUAAAUAGUGUUGUGAUUAAUGAACCCUGGAUUGUUAUUUUGUGUACCAAUUGUCAAGCGAUGGAUCUUUCACUCGGAAGUAUAAUACAGGGAAGUGAGUUCCUUCGAAUUGGCUUCUGCGUUUGUGUAUCAUUUUCUAGUCUUCCAGGAUUUUUUGUUUCCCAAUGAUGUUGAUAUUUCUUGUAGUUUCGGCAUGAUAUAUCUUGUUUUUGCAAUUGUAUGUAUCAUCCUUGGUGAAUCCUAAAAUACCUUUCAGAAAGCUGUGAUUAUAGUUCUUUGUUAAUGCUAGGUAUACAUUUUGAUAUUUGCCAUUAGGGCGAACUUGAUUAUAAUUUUUA